AUGGCACUGGGGAAUUAUACCACAGUGACUGGCUUCAUCCUCCAGGGAAUAACAGAAAAUCCAAAGCUGCAAAUCAUCCUCUUCAUGACAUUCUCCUUCAUCUAUUUCUGCACCCUGGUGGGGAAUCUAGGGAUGAUCAUGUUAAUCCGUGUUGAUCCCCGACUCCACACCUCCAUGUAUUUUUUCCUCAGCAGCUUGUCUCUCUUAGAUAUUGGCUACUCCUCUGUGAUUGCCCCAAAGACACUGGUCAUCUUUUCUACAGAGACUAAAGACAUUUCUUUUGCAGGGUGUGUGGUUCAGUUUUUCUUCCUCUCUCUUUGUGCCAACACCGAGCUUUGCCUCCUGGCAGUGAUGGCCUACGAUCGCUUUGUAGCCAUCUGCAAACCAUUGCUUUAUCAUGUAGUUAUGUCCAGGAGAGUCUGCAUCCAGUUGGUGGUGGGCUCUUAUCUCUAUGCUUUUGCCAGUGCAAUCACCCACACUAGUUCUUUGUUUUCUCUGUCCUUCUGCCACUUCAAUGUCCUUGAUCAUUUCUUCUGUGACAUCCCUCCUCUCCAAAAGAUCUCAUGCUCCAACACUCGCAUCGAUGAGCUGGUGCAUUUCACCUUUGCAGCUAUAGCAACCAUUGUAACCAUUGUGAUCAUCCUUGUCUCCUACACAUAUAUCAUCUUUGCCAUCCUGAGGAUCCGCUCUUCUGAGGGCAGGCGCAAAGCCUUCAACACCUGCGCCUCCCACCUGACGGUCGUUGCUCUGCUGUAUGGGACUCUCUUCUUUAUGUAUCUGCGCCCCAGCUCCAGUAACUCAGCAGAUCAGGAUAAAGUGGUGGCUGUGUUCUAUACCCUGGUGAUCCCCAUGCUGAACCCCCUGAUCUACAGCCUGAGGAACAAGGAGGUGAAGGACGCCUUGAGGAGAACAAUAUAUCAGAAAAUUAUUCCUCGCUGUAUGUAA